CACCGCUGCCCCGAAGCUUCCCCGUUUCAGCCUAUAUCAUCGGACCGGCGGAACUUGCCUAAUCGGUCCGACAUUAUUCCUUAUCACCAUAACUAUACAUAGCACCUCCGUCAGAGCAGUUCUCCCCUCAUUGUCUUCCCUGAUAGGCAGGCGGCUACCUUUCCUCCACCUUCUCCCCCUCUUAUGUACCCUUCUCUAUCAUCCAGUAUUCUACUAAUGUUUUGUUUCCAUCCUAAGCAUGAGUUUAUGACUUCUAUGGCUUAUUCAAAUUCCCCCUACAGGGUAGCUUCUUCUCGUUUUCUUCGGCAGGAAGACCGUUUAGCGUGGACAGACAGCUAUCAUUAGUUACUAUUGUUCUGCCAGAGUUCUUGUACCACACUCACCCCUACUGACGUUCUUCUUGAGCAUAUAUCGUUCUGAUUCACAUUUUCCAUAUACUAGUAUCCAUCUCGAAAGUCAUUCAUCUGAGGACUCUCCAAUGCGGCGGUGUAUAUACGUGUUCUCACAUCACAAGAUGGACACAGACCUUAUACCCGCUCCCCUUCAAAAUCUUCCGAAUGUAACUUAUGUUGAGGAGCCCCCUGUUGAUAUCCGCCCAGACCUAUAU